AUGUCUCCUCCAUUUCAUUUACUUAAUAACACUUUGUUUCAAAGAUUCUCUUGGGGUGCCCAUUAUGGCGCACCGAAGUAUCCCUUUAUGGUCUCAUUGCAAGAUGUGUUGACUGAGCUCGGAACCAAUUCCAAUGCUACCCAAAAGCGUGUAUAUCAGCACUUUUGUGGCGGAAGCAUAAUAAGUGAACGUUGGAUACUGACUGCGGCCCACUGUGUCUGGAGAAAAAGAAUCGAUAAGAUUGUCGCAUUUAUAGGCUAUGAAAAUAUUGAAAAUGUUGAAAAUCUGAAGCCCUAUUGUAUGAAGAGCGCUGAAUAUAUUUACUUUCAACCUUCCAACUACCGCAAUGAUAUCGCUCUGCUCCAGCUGAAGCGCCCAUUCAAAGGACAUUUGACCAAGGAUAUGCAACUCGCACAGCUGCCACCGCAUGGUAUGAAACCCAACAACAAUGAAUCGUGCAGAAUAAUUGGAUACGGCGCCACGCGGCAUGCUGGGCCAUCGCAGAAGCAGCUUUUCGAGGCCGAGGUGCGAGUGAUUGGGAAUCAACAGUGUCGCGACAUUAUUGGGCACAUUUGGGCGCCCAAGAAUGAUGCGAACACGGUCUGUGCGCUGGGCAACAAUCAGGACUCGUGCCAGGGCGACUCGGGUGGUCCGCUAAUCUGUCCAUAUGGAUCGGACGGGCGCGAAUACAUUUACGGACUGGUGUCCCAUGGCCUGACCUGCGGCAUCCCUGGCAUGCCCAGCAUCUACACGGUGACACGACCCUAUUACGAAUGGGUGCAGCUCCUUGUGCAGAAGUAACGGAUAUAU